UAACAACUAACCGUGUUUUUCGGAAAACUAUAGUCUAACUAAUUUUUCAAAUAAUCUAAGCUAUGUCAACAAAACUUUUACUCUGGAUAACAAUCACUUUGUAUGUUUUCACUUGGCAAACAAUCGAAGCAAGUAAAACUAAGUCAAAUGAAAUUUGUUCCACAUCUCAAAUCAGUAGAAUCCGCUACUCUAUAGAAACCAUGGAGAAUAUAUUAAGUCAGUGUGAGGAUGCUACAUUUGCUGGGGCGUACGCUAAACGCGGUCCAGAACCAUUAUGGGUAGUAGAAACUAAAUGAAUAAUCUUUGAUGCAUGAUGAGCAAAUAACUUUAAAAUGUAUUGUCCAAUUUCAAUUAUUUUAUUCAACUGAGACUAAAUCAAUUUUUAUGUGAACCGUUUUACUCAACAGAAUAAAAACAAACAUUCCUGUUUGAAC